AUGACCAUUCCACCUCAAUUUCUUCAAAGAUAUUGUCCACUCGACAAUGGCCUUCUUCGACCACAUGCUGCAAAAAUUCCCGCCUCUAUUUCUGACAUUGGGAGCUUCAAAGCCCUUCCACUUGAGAUCAUACAUUUGAUUUUCAAUCUACUUGACCUGCGAUGCUUGACGGACUUCAGAGCUGUGAGCUGGCGCGCCCGUACUCUUGUCGACAGCGUCCCCGAGUACAAUGCAUUAGUUAAGCAUUCCCCAGAUGCAUUACGCGCGUUGAUCUCGACGCGUAUCGCUGUUUAUUUUACUGCUCAAGAUAUCUUCGAGGCACUCUGUACGCAAUUUUGCGCUGGGUGUGGGCAAUUUGGUCCGUUCCUCGACAUGUUUACUGCUCAACGAUAUUGCAUCAAUUGUGUGGGAGACUCGGAUGAUCUAUUGUCUAUGACAGCAUCUUCUGCGAGGAAAGAGUUCGGUCUGAAUUUGAAGACUAUGCGCACAAUACCUACGUUAUUAAGCAUCCCGGGAGAAUAUGCCGAAAGCUCGAAGGAAUAUCGAAGACGAAUAUCUUUAGUCCGCAUGCUAUCAGCUAGUGUCGCUCAAUCUCAAAUCCACAAGCCCAACACCCUGCGUCGAAGAUCAUCGCCGCCUGUUAGCAUUUCCACACAGCCGCCACAGCCUCCUUCGCCUCCAAUUUCACAUCGAUUGCUGCAGAAAUUUGUCGGCCAUAAGCAAGACCCAUAUCGUUUCAUGCCAAUGCUAAGGGUUCCUUAUUUAGAUCGACGGACUGGAAGUCUAGACUGGGGAGUUUCAUGCCAAGCAUGUCGCCUUGCACCUCGAGAUGAGAGACGUGGAUAUUACGAUUGGAAUACUGUUUACUCUACUCCUGGGUAUUAUGAGCAUUUUCAAAAGUGCGAAGUAUCUCAGAGAGGGAGACUUGAAAUACCAAGGCACAUUAAGGCUACUGCUCAAGAGCAACGGGUCUUCGAUGCUCGAUUCUUGGGGUUUUAUGACUUUUUCAAAUUUUGA